AUGUCUCACGUGAAGCAGCAGCUACAGUAUUUGUGGAAUCCGCAGAUGAUUGAACUCAUCUUUGCGCCGCUCUUUGAGAUGACUUCUGCCGCUGCCAUUGAAGCCGGCGCCGCCGCCUCUAGUCGAAAGUCCUCAACGAUCCCCGUGACCACCGGCUCAGCUGUGGUGCAGGCGGCACUGGGCAGCUCUGAAACAAGCACUAGCGGCGACAAUCAAACAGCGGCCACCAGUGUUCAGGGACAGUCAUUCACCUCCUGGCGACAGACCUUCAUCGGGAAGGCCUUUGAGCGAGCCGCCUCUCUCGGCGGUCGCUCCGGGUCGACCAGCGGCCUCUCCGGUCACUGCUGGAAUCCCAUCUACAAGCUGGGCACCCCGGAGACGUCGCUGAUUGCGCUGGUGUGUUCGCUCUACGAGAACGCCUUCACCACGCUGAGCCAGAUGAAGCACGACAUUCUCUCCGGCCUGUGCUUCAAGGAGCUAAUCCUUCCGCAUCUCUGGCGCUUCAUCACCCUCAUCGGGCCGCACAAUCCGGCGCGCGCCUACCUCGACUACCUGAGCAUGCACUCCAAGAGCUGCGCCCCCGAGUUUCAGAUUCUCAUCAUCUUCUGCGAGUGUGCCACGCACCUGAUUACCAUUCUCGACGACAUUGAACUGUACGAGAACCAGAAGCCCUUUUCCCUCGAGGACCUGGUGAUGAUAUCGCAGUUUCUCAACAACUUUGUUUUCAAGUUGAUCUGGCAUAAUCUAAUUGAUAUUCAAAACAUGUCUACCAAUGCAUUACUAAAUUCGACGCAUUCUCUCCUAAUGCUGCUCUACAAACGCGACUCUCGUCGGCCCUUUACACCGCCCUAUCACUGGCUUAUAAGGGAAUUGAAGAUGUCCUCCUUCAUGAAGGACCUUGAGCACGGCAAGCGGACGGCGCAGGCGAUUCUGCAAAAAGUGCCCCACAUUAUUCACCAUAAAGAGCGCAUCGGCCUCUUCCGCAAGUACAUUACCCUUGAUCGACACAUGCUCACCACCAAUGAAAGCUGCAUCAUCAACUCGACCCUGGUCACCGUGCACCGGGCGCGCAUCGUUGAGGAUGGCUACCAGCAGCUUAACUCACUACCUAGUCAGUCCUUGAAGGGCGUCAUACGCGUGAAGUUCAUCAACGAACAGGGCCUCGAUGAGGCGGGCAUUGACCAGGAUGGCGUCUUCAAGGAGUUUCUCGAGGACACCAUCAAGCGCAUUUUUGACCCGUCCUUGAAUUUGUUUCGAGUGACCAGUGAACAGCGCCUGUAUCCUUCGCCCACGUCGUACAUUCACGAGAAUCACCUGUCGUUGUUUGAGUUUGUCGGCAAGAUGAUUGGCAAGGCCGUCUAUGAGGGCAUCGUCGUGGACGUUCCCUUUGCCUCCUUCUUUCUCAGUCAGGUGCUCGGUCAGCAGCAGAGUGCACUGUACUCUUCCAUUGACGAGCUGCCCUCCCUCGACCCGGAGCUGUACAAGCACCUGACCUUUCUGAAGCACUACGACGAGGGCGACAUCUCCUCGCUCGAUCUCACCUUCUCCGUGGACGAGGACGCCAUGGGGCAGAUUGUGACGCACGAGCUGCUGCACGGCGGAAAGGCCAUCCCGGUGACGAAGGAGACGCGCAUCAGCUACAUUCACCUGAUGGCGCACUUUCGCAUGCACACGCAGAUUCACGAGCAGACGGCGGCCUUCAUUCGCGGCUUCCGCUCCAUCAUCAACCCCGAGUGGCUGACCAUGUUCAGCACGCCGGAGUUUCAGCGGCUCAUCUCCGGCGACAACUCGCCCAUUGACCUGGAGGACCUGCGCCGGCACACCAAGUACUUUGGCGGCUUCCACGCCAACCACCGCGUCAUCUGCUGGCUGUGGGACAUUCUCCAGAGUGACUUCUCCGUGGAGGAGCAUCGCCUCUUUCUGAAGUUCGUCACCUCGUGCUCUAAGCCGCCCCUCCUCGGCUUUGCCCACCUCGAGCCGCCCUUUUCCAUUCGCUGCGUGGAGGUGAGCGAUGACCAGGACACGGGAGACACCGUCGGUUCGGUGCUGCGUGGCUUCUUCACCAUUCGCCGCAAGGACCCCGUCAACCGGCUGCCCACCUCCUCCACCUGCUUCAACCUCCUCAAGUUGCCCAACUACCAGCGGAAGAGUACACUGAAGGAGAAGCUGCGAUACGCCAUCAACUCCAACCCCGGCUUUGAGCUGUCGUAG